GGGUAGCCCCUGGUUCGGUAGAGUCUGCUGUGGGAUACGUACGGUCGCCCAGCUUUGUUUUCGGACGGCGCAGCGCUCUACUGGACUGUUGGCUCUCCAGUCCUGUGUCAAGGUUUACACAUGAUGCUCCAUGAUCUGGUUUGACAACUUCUCACUGCUGAUAAAAGGAUCCACCCAGUCCAAAAAUCCAUUAUGAUCUCGGGUCUCCAACAUGGCUGAUCCCAGUUUCUAUCAUUUGUACCAGGGAAUGUACCUUCCCAAGUUCUUCCACACUUUGGAAGCUCUGAAGCGCUGGGAGGAUUUUACUUUUCGCCGGGAUGAUGUCAUAGUAGCAACGUAUCCCAAAUCAGGUACAAAUUGGGCGCUGGAGAUCGCGCCACUGGUGCUGUCUGGAGGGGACCCCACCGUGGUGAACUCUGUGGCCACUUGGGAGCGCACUAUCUGCAUCGGAAAUGAGAAGGCCCUAAGCAUGGACUUGGAAAACCUGCCUUCCCCGCGGAUCUUUAGCACACACUUCUACUACCACGUCAUGCCCAAGUCCUUCUAUCAAGUCAAACCCAAGGUUAUCAAUGUUCUGCGGAAUCCCAAAGACAUCUUAGUAUCAGCUUUUCACUACUAUGGGAAUGUGGAAUAUCAUGCUAAUCCAGGCACGCUGACCGAGUUUCUGAACAAGUUCCUUGAAGGCAACGUUCCCUUCGGUUCCUGGUUCGAUCAUGUGAAGGGCUGGUUGAAUCCUGAGGACAAAUCGCACAUUUUGUACCUGAGCUUUGAGGAGAUGCUGCAGGAUCUGCGACAGGAGGUCAGGAGGACAGCUGAGUUCUUGGAGAAGCCGCUGGAGGAGGAGGUGAUCGACAGAAUCACAGACAGAUGUUUGUUCAAGAACAUGAAGAAACACAACAACAAAGCACCUUCAGACCUCGAUCAUUCAAAAUUUUUCAGGAAAGGAAUAGCUGGUGACUGGAAAAACCAUCUAUCAGAGGAGGACGCACAGCACUUUGAUUGUGUAUAUAAAGACAAAAUGAAAGAUGUUCAUUUUAAGUUUGCGUGGGAUUAAAAUGUUUUGCACUCC